CUCUGUGACAGUUAAAAGCUAAUUAAUUAUUACUUUUUGUACCUAAUAAAUAUUAUUUCAACAUGUUUUAUGAUAAAAAUCUAAUGAACGGCGAAAUAUUAGGUAUUGUGUGGAAACUAGCGAACAACAUACAUACUGACAAUAUUGGAAAUCAUAACAUAUCAACAAUUUGUACGGAGCUGGACACUUGGAUAAACGUAGCAGUUGUACCAAACAGGUUGUCCCUGAGAACUUCCUCCACCCUCGUCAAUGGAACCGCCAUCUUGUACCAACGCAACAUGCAUCAGCUGCUUGAUGAUGUAAUAAAAUUGGACGAAGAUAUAGUACAGAGACGCCGAAGAAAACAUUUUAGCAGCUCCAGUACUUCAGAUACUGUUACUGAUUCUUCUGGGUCUACUGCAACUCCAGAAGAGAUGAGACGACAACCUACGGCUGAUUUUGACUUUGAUUCAUCCUUUUCCCCAACUAAGAGAGCUAAACUCGAUCAUAACGCACCGUAUAAAAGUACACCAAACGUUACAAUGAGUCGAUCUUCUAGUGACAAUCUCACUUCUGAAGAUACUACAAAUAAUUGUAACGAACAAAACAGCAAAGACAAGUGUAAUGAUAAUGAUAAUUGUGACUCGGAAAACGGUGAUGUGGUAGUGGAUUUGACUGGAGAUAAUGUUACGGAUAACACCAUAUCAGAAAAUAUCGAAAAUCAACGCAUAGAUAAGGAGGUACAAACUUCACCCAUACUUAAUCGAACCAGUUCAAAAAGUAUAAAUGAUGAGGAUCAAGGAUUCGAUCCAAAUCUCCCAUUUGGAUGUAUUUUGAUCCAUGAUAGCUAUCAAUCUAGGAUCCCUAGUAAAAUUGUGUUUACUUCCCUGAAUAGUAGUGUUAGGAAUCUGAAAUAACUAGAAUCUUUUGAAUGUUGGUGAUUCUCAGUAAAGUUUUUAGGUCAUCUGAUUACAUUUUGUUCCAAACCUCGUAGAUACUAA